AUGGCGAAUCAAGCCCCCUUGAUCAACCGGCAGGUUGUGCUGGUGGUUGACUCCACCUCGUACAUGGAACCGUAUUGGACCAGCCUGUACAAGAAUUGUAUCUACCCUGCUCUGACCUAUCUCGACACACGACACAAGCCUGAUACAAUCCUCAAGACCGAGUAUGCGCUGGUCUGUUUCUGCGAUCAUGCUCCAUACGGAGACAAAACUAUCAAGACCAACUACUUCACAAACAAGCUCCCGCUGUUUGAUUCGUGGGCGAAGAACGUUGAGUUCGUUGGGGGAGGGUAUGCACAGAACGCUGUGACAGAAGGACUCUUUGCAGCACUUGAACUGUUCCCGGAGAAGAACAGCGAGGGGAGAUCGAGCGAGAAAUACAUUCUGUUGGCAUCCAACUCUCGUCACCAUGAGAUCCCUUGCAGAUUGGGAGGCUCCGAUGCCUCUGACCUUCCUGAGAUUGUGAAACGUAUCUCGCAAAUGGGCGCCAUGCUCUCCUGCUUCCUGCCGCAUACACUCGAUCCCCUCAAGUCGACGACUAAGAAGAUCUGGGAGGUCCGUGCGGCAUGCAAGACUCCAAAUGAUGUCUUGAAGGACUUGAUCCUUCCAGAAGUAGAUCACCAGGUGAUCGUCUUGGUCCUUGGCUCUCAGACUGUAAGAGUUGUCAAGGUUUAUCUUCGUGGGAUUCCGUUGGUCACGAGCAAGAACGGCAACCUUGUCCACCCUGCCACGGACAAGCCUGCAACAACUCCCGUCGGCACCACAGCGAUCCCAGCAACCGGCAUCUCUGCCCAAACUAUCAACCCUCCUCAAGUGGGCACCACACCGCCAACCGCGCAGCGUAUUCCUCAGACUCUCCCGACUCAGGCGCAACCCACAGUGGGCCAGAAACGCGAGCGGGAGGACAUACCGAUGGCGGCAAAACCCGGCACGACUCUUCCUGGGCAACCACCCAACAAGCUUGCUCGCCCUGGAGUACCGAACAUUCCUUCCUCGAGCCCCGUCGUUCCCUCCCAUCUGCCGGCGGGCCAAGCGCAGGCGUCAGUUGCCUCCAGCAGCCCCGGCAUGCCCAACCCCUCGCAACCUGCUACAUCUCAGCCAGUAGCUUCUCAGGCAGCAGCUACGGCAGGAGGAUACCGACCUGGCAUGACCCCCGCUCAACAAGCUGCGGCCAAUCGGAGUCAAGCUGUGCAACAGCAGCAGCUGUAA